AUGCGCAUUAUUGAAUCGGGCAUUGACUCACUCCCGUUUGCGACCUGGAAGCCACGCCAACUUGGGGAUAAAUCCCGACAUCUUCGUAUACUCGGUCUCAUCAAGCUCUUUCCCAGUCUCCAAAUCCGUCACGAUGAUAAUCAGCUCACUGACCUUGCCAAGCCGAUCUCUGAAGUCCUUUGCUGGAAGAACCCUAGUCGCAGCUGGUUUACGGCAGCAACCUGUGUUUGGUGGACCUUGCUCUUCACUACCACGUCCCAUACCAAUCCACGUGACUUGGCCAAUGAAGUCUGGGUUGUCAACAACAGGCUCCCUAAGCUCAUGGCCAAGCCUGAUACUGGCCGUGUCAAUCACGAGAAAGUCUUCACUUAUGAUCUAGAGAAGAACUUCAUCCAGGCCAUCGAGCAAAUGAUGGAAGGCAAGGGCGACUUGGAGAAGCUCAAGGAUGAGUACCCUGAAGCUGAGUUCUUAUUGAACUUGAAGAAGCCUCUGAUCGAGCAUCAAAUCCGCAUCCCAAACUACACAAACGCCGUCGCCAAUAAGCUACAGGACUCACAGUGGGUUCUGCAAUACCACAAGCUCGCCGAGUCUCGUCGCUGCAUGUUUAGACUCAUGCCUAAACUUUUUCGGCAGCAACAUCCCCUACUGUUUAGCCAUGAUUAUCUAUUUAAGGUUUUUGAAGCCAUGAUAGUGACUAAUCCAUGGUUGGAGAUGACAGAGGAAGGGACAGUCCAGGAGAUACUGAAGGAAAGCGCCGAAAUACUGACAAUCUGGCUGGGCUCAUUGGCUGGCAACGAUCCCGAUAUCAUCCCCAAGGGAUAUCAAGGACUCAAGCAUCUGAGCGACAUAACGGAUGUCAUGAAAGAAAGACUUGAGAAUGACCAUCCAGCAUUGCCAGUUCCGCUUCUACUUAGACCUUCAACCAUGCGGAUGGCUUAUCGGCGCUCUAUCGCGAUUACAAAUCCCGAGACUAAAGAACGUCCGCAUAGUUGUCCUUUCUUGGCGGACAAGCAUCUUACGUCUCAGCAUCCAGCCAUCUCAGCUUGA